AUGGAAGAUUCCCAGCUACCGUUGGUCCGGUCAGCAAGUGGUGCAUGUGACGCAUGGUCAAGGUUGGAAGACCACUUCGAGAAGAAGAGUCUUGCCAAAAAGCUGUUCUUUCACCGUCGCUUCUUCACGACGAUGAUGGAAGAAGGCGACGAUAUGCUCGAACACAUCAACAAGCUGAAGACGUUGGCGGAACAUCUAGAAGCGGUGGGGGCUCCGGUGUGCGAGGACGAUCUGGUGAUCACACUUCUCGGCAGCCUGAGUGACUCGUAUCAAUUCUUGAUCACAGCUUUGGAGUCGCGCUCAGACACUCUUAGCUGGGAGCUCGUGACGUCUCAACUACUUCAUUAA